GCUUUCAGACAAUUGGAUAUAUUACCCCAUCUGGGGCUAGAAAUUAUCCAGAACGUGUGGUAGCAACUUAUGAACAACUAAUGCUCGAAUAUAAAAUAAGCAUAAGAUUCCUAAAUGGUCAUCAAACCAAGCCUAUUCUCGAUACAGCAUUCCAUGCUACCUUCCCUCACGAAGGGGAUAUAAAAUUUCAACCUCUCAGCUCUUUACGCACGGGAGAGGCAAUCUACACCAAUAGGGGCUUAUAUUUUCAUAUUUCUCCCCUAAGAUACCUGUGUCCUUUCCGUGCACUCAAAAUGUGACACUAGUCGUAGAGGAAAAUGUAUAUUAACCAGCCGUAUGUACCAACCUGUGGCUCGA